UCAUUAUGAAGAGAGAUCUGGUUUUCUUGGUGACUCUAAUUAGCCUUGCCUUCCUGUCACUGCUAAGGUCUGGAUAUCCUCAACAUAUUGCAGAGGAGUCCUGCUCUGUUCAAAUUCUUGUUCCAGGCCUCAAAGGGGAGGCUGGAGAAAAGGGGGAGAAAGGUGCCCCAGGUCGUCCAGGCAGAGUUGGGCCUCCAGGAGAUAAAGGAGAAAUGGGGGACAAAGGACAGAAAGGCAGCAUAGGACGGCAUGGAAAAAUUGGUCCUAUUGGUUCAAAAGGUGAAAAAGGAGAUAAUGGUGACAUAGGACCACCAGGUCCUAAUGGUGACCCAGGCAUCCCCUGUGAGUGCAGCCAGCUAAGGAAGGCUAUUGGUGAAAUGGAUAUCCAAGUGGCCCAGCUGACAACAGAACUAAAAUUCAUAAAAAAUGCUGUUGCUGGUGUGCGUGAGACAGAUAAUAAGAUAUAUCUGCUGGUGAAGGAAGAGAAAAGAUACAAGGAAGCCCAGCUCUACUGCCAUGGAAGAGGAGGGACGCUGAGCAUGCCCAAGGAUGAGACUGCCAACAAUCUGAUCGCCUCGUACAUCAACCAAGCCGGGCUCACCAGAGUUUUCAUUGGGAUUAACGACCUAGAGAAAGAGGGAAAUUUUGUCUAUUCUGACCGAUCGCCCAUGCAGACCUUCAACAAAUGGCGCAGUGGGGAGCCCAACAAUGCUUAUGACGAGGAGGACUGUGUGGAGAUGGUGGCGUCUGGCGGGUGGAAUGAUGUUGCGUGUCAUAUUACCAUGUAUUUUGUGUGUGAAUUUGACAAAGAAAAUGUCUAAUCUUGUCUGCUCUCUCUUUAUUUUAAGAAAAGUUUUUA